AUGGCCAACAAAGAAAACAUAGACACACUAAAAGUCAAAACCAAAAUUCCUUUGCCAUUGGUACCUUUACCAGCCUUACCUAAGCAUUUAUUGCUCAAGAAAAUUCAAGAAGUUCCAACAAGCAAAGAUAAAAGAAUUCCAUUAACAACUAUUAGUAGUUUGUCCAGUUUGCCCGCUGGAUCUAGCACGGGAAACGGUAAAGUUGUACCAACUAAUACUAUAUGUACAAAUGAAGUUGACUCAAAAUACGUUACUUUUAGAAAAAGAAAGGAAAAUUUGGAAUACUGGGACUAUAAAGUUUGUAAAGACGAAGCAGAUAAUAAAGACAGUAGUAUAAUUUCAAUAAUUGACGUUGAAGAGAGUUUUAUUAAGGGAGACAAGAAAGAAUACAAUAAAGAAAUUAGUAUAAUUCCGAUAAUUGACGAUAAAGAGAGUUUUAUUGCGGGAGACAAGAAAGAAUACAAAGAUUUUAGUGAAAAUGAACAGAAAAGCUGUCUUGGUGUAUCCAGGAGGGAGGAUACUCUUGUACCGUGUAGAGUGAGAAGUAUAAAAAUGAGACUUUUAAAAUUCAACGAUCAGUUGGACCAUCGAUUGCAAACGCAGGAUAUUUUUGAGGAGUCAGACACGAAGUGUAGCGAGAGUGAAUAUGUCAAGGAUCUGUUCCUUCAUUUCUUGAACAACGAAAGACCUGCACCCGUGCCGAGAAUACCCAGCAGCACCCGUGCCUGUGUUCUUAAUUGGUUAUUAGUAGUGAACGGUUCCGAAGGCAAUCCAGCGGUGAUCCAGACAGCAUCCUGGUAUCUGGACUCGGUGUUAAGCAUCACUAGCGUUCGGUUAGAUGAAUUGCAGCCGCUUGCAGCCGCUAGCUACUGGAUUGCUCGAAAGCAUCACGGACCAGUGGUUCCCUCUUCUGUUCUUAUUAAAUAUUCAAACGGAGCCUUCAAUAGAACACAAUUAUUGGAGGCGGAGAAAACGAUUUUAAAUAAAUUAAAAUUUCCAUCGCAACCAGUUGUGCCUCAAGAUUACAUAACAUAUUUGUCCUGGUGGUCAGAUAACGAUCAUCCAGAUGAGAUUGAAUUAGCAGCGACCUUUAUCUGCUUAUGCGGUUUAAUGGUAGAUAAGACACUCUGCAGUGAGCUACCAUCAGUAAUCGCCGCUGCUUGCGUACGAAACGCCUUACUGCUGCUAGGGAAACGGGACUUGAUGCUGCGCCUUGAGACAUGCCCAGUAUUCCAAGCAGCAGAAAAGAAAACUACGAGAAUGUGUUGCAUUUGCUCGAUCUUGCGUAGAGCGGUGCGUACAGUGUCUGACAUUAAGUACGAGUUCAAAGCGCCAAUGGAAAUUUUCGGAAUUGGCCCUCAUUCAAUAGCGCAAGAGGUUGUGAAAUACGCCAACGAGCUCGCCAUUUCGGAAGGAAUAGCAACAUCAAGUCAAUCGAGUAAAAAUACUCCCUGGACUAUGACGAGCAUGAAAAAAUGA